AUGAGGGGCUCCCCCAACCCCGAGUUCCACUUCGCCCUGGUCUGUGUCCUGCCCAUUCAGUGUUUCUUCACUGCCACGGCACAGGCAGCUUCCUCGUGGAGGUGUAAGGACAAGCUGAACGCCUUGGCCAUCUCGGUGAUGAACCAGUGGCCCGGUGUGAAGCUGCGGGUGACCGAGGGCUGGGACGAAGAUGGCCACCACUCAGAGGAGUCGCUGCACUACGAGGGCCGUGCGGUGGACAUCACCACGUCCGACCGCGACCGGGGCAAGUACGGCAUGUUGGCGCGCCUGGCCGUGGAGGCUGGCUUCGACUGGGUGUACUACGAGUCCAAAGCGCACAUCCACUGCUCCGUGAAAGCAGAGAAUUCGGUAGCGGCCAAGUCCGGCGGCUGCUUCCCGGGCUCGGCCACGGUGCACCUGGAGCAGGGCGGCACCAAGCUGGUGAAAGACCUGCGUCCCGGGGACCGCGUGCUGGCGGCCGACGACCAGGGCCGACUGCUCUACAGCGACUUCCUCACCUUCCUGGACCGCGACGAUGGUGCCAAGAAGGUCUUCUACGUGAUCGAGACGCGGGAGCCGCGCGAGCGCUUGCUGCUCACCGCCGCGCACCUGCUGUUCGUCGCGCCGCACAACGACUCGGCGGCCGGGGAGCCGGAGGCGCCGUCGGGCGCGGGGCCGCCGCCGGGGGGCGCGCCGGGGCGCCGGGCGCUCUUCGCCAGCCGCGUGCGCCCGGGCCAGCGCGUGUACGUGGUGGCCGAGCGCGGCGGGGAUCGCCGGCUCUUGCCGGCCGCCGUGCACAGCGUGACGCUGCGGGAGGAGGCCUCGGGCGCCUACGCGCCGCUCACGGCGCAGGGCACCAUCCUCAUCAACCGGGUGCUGGCGUCGUGCUACGCGGUCAUCGAGGAGCACGGCUGGGCGCAUCGGGCCUUCGCGCCCUUCCGCCUGGCGCACGCGCUCCUGGCCCUGCUGGCGCCCGCGCGCACGGACCGCGGCGGGGUCGGCGACGGCGGGGGCGGCGGCCGCCUGCCCCCGCCCGCGCCAGGUGCGCCUGAUGCGCCAGGUGCGGCCGACGCGCCAGGUGCCGUGGGCAUCCACUGGUACUCGCAGCUGCUCUACCAAAUAGGCACCUGGCUGUUGGACGGCGAGGCCCUGCACCCGCUGGGCAUGGCGGUCAAGUCUAGCUGA